UGAUAAAGCUGUCCCUUACAGUGCUGCUGGGCUGGUCUGGUGCUGGUAUUGAAGUCAGUCAGGAGAAGACCUCUUUCAUUCAUCUCCAGUAAGUACGGUGCUACAGUUGCAUGCAGACAGGGGCUGCUGCACAACACUGGAGGAGGAAGGUGGCCUCAGUGAUCCCACCUCAGUGUGUGUGUGUGUGUGUGACAGUAAUGUAACAUCUUAUUUGUUUGUUUUUUUUUUAAUUUUGAAAAGAUGGGCAGCAACCAUAAUCAAACGAUGAAGAAGAUGCUGUCAGUCACAAGCCUAUUGCUAGGCUGCAAAAGCCAUGAGAGGGCCACCAGAGGGCGCUGUUUCCCGUGUUCGGUUGGACAGCUCUCCGUUGCCGCGGACAGUUCGCAGCGCGGUGUUGGUUUCCGGGGGGAGCGGGGAUGGUUGUGGCUCUUGAGCGGAAACUUCAUGGCGACCUCCACAGAAGCACGCUGAACGGAAAUAAAGGAAAUGGUGCGCAAACAAACUCAAUCCACAGCAAACCGGAUCCUGCGCGCAAACAAACUCAAUCCACAGCAAACCUGAUCCUGCGCGCAAACAAACUCAAUCCACAGCAAACCUGAUCCUGCGCGCAAACAAACUCCUGAUCCUGCGCGCAAACAAACUCAAUCCACAGCAAACCUGAUCCUGCGCGCAAACAAACUGCAGCACUGGCACGAAUGUCAGCCGGGUUUAAACACUGUAAAGACACGGAGCGACGCUGUAUAUUACUCUUACAAAGCGGUAGCCUGCACUGACAAGCAUGGGGAGCGCUGCCCGUGUGUACCGGUCGCUGCAGGGUCUGUUCGCGGUGUACAAGCCGCCGGGAGUGCACUGGAAGCUAGUCCGGGACACGGUGGAGACUAACCUCAUCCGAGAUCUGAACUCUCUGGGCUCGCCCGCUCCUCGCCAGGCGAUCCGGUUCCUGCCGGGCCGCAGCGAGGGCGCUGACCGCUCCGAGCUCACUCUGACCGCCGCCAGGCUGCCCGUGCUCGCCGACCAUCCGCUGGUGACGGGGCCUCAGUUUGAGCGUUUGAAGGUGGGAGCCGGACACCGCCUGGACGUGCGCUCCUCAGGAGUGUUUGUGCUUGGAGUGGGCCACGGGAACAAGAUGCUGACGGGCAUGUACAGCUGCCACCUCACCAAGGAGUACACUCUCCAGGGGCUAUUUGGAAAAGCCACUGAUGACUUCUCAGACUCUGGCAGGCUGGUAGAGAAGACGACAUUCGAUCAUAUUACUCGGGACAAGCUGGAGAAGAUCCUUGCUGUGAUUCAAGGGACGAACCAGAAAGCCCUGCUCGCGUUCUCAGGGGUGGAUCUGAAGAGUCAGGAGGCCUAUGAGAUGGCAGUGAAGGGGUUACUGCGCCCCCUGCAGAAAACACCACCCGUCAUCACGGGGGUCCGCUGCGUGCGCUUCGCCCCCCCGGAGUUCACGCUGGAGAUCCAGUGCCUGAACGAGACGCCCCAGUACCUGCGGAAGCUCAUCCACGAGAUUGGGCUGGAGCUGCGCUCGGCCGCUGUGUGCUCGCACGUGCGCCGCACUCGCGACGGCUUCUUCACGCUGCCCGACGCGUUGCUGCGCUCGCACUGGGACCUGCACAGCGUGGGGGAGGCCGUGAGGCAGGCCGGGCCCCGGGUCCGAGCGGCGCUGAGCCGAGGGGAGGCAGAGGAGACUGACCCAGGAGAGGGGAGGGGAUCCGGGGCAGAGGCAGAGCCGCGGCAGGGCUGCUCCUGAAUAUCAUCCACCAAUUCAUUUACCUUGUUUAAAUGGAGUACUCUGUUCUGCAUGGCAGGCAGUUUAAACAUGAAUAACAGCACAGAUGUUUCUACGCUCGAGUCCGCGGUCAGGCCUGCUCUCUGCUGGUGGGAUGUGAACCAGUCCCUGUCAUCACUGGGGUCCGAUUCUCUCCAGGAGGGGGUCUUCAGAGUCUCUCCAGACUGCUGGAGGGGGUCUUCAGAGUCUCUCCAGACUGCUGGAGGGGGGUCUUUUUAAUGAAUCGUGCAUAAUUUGUUAACAGCAACAAAAAAUAAAAAAGUUAAUAUAUUUUA